CACGGCCCUGGCGCCCGCCAGCCCCACGCGCACCUACCAGCUCCUGCUCCUCUAACGGUCGUACUCCACCAAACAGCCUCUCCCGCGGCUGCCUCAAUCCCGCACAGCGUGUGCCGGCUUCCGCUUCCAGGCCGGAACUGAGGCGGCGGGGUCUGUGUUUCCCAGCUUGGGGACACCGCGGCGCCGGAAGCGCCAUUUCCGGAAAUCCCCGGCGCGGGUUGGCGGCGGCGGCAGCGGCAGUAGCAGCAGCUAGUAGGCAGGAGCCGGCAUGUCCCAGGCCACCAAGCGGAAGCACGUGGUGCAGGAGGUGCUGGGGGAGCACAUGGUGCCCUCGGACCAGCAGCAGAUCGUGAGGGUGCUGGGGACCCCUGGCAACAACCUUCACGAAGUGGAGACUGCCCAGGGCCAGCGCUUCCUGGUCAGCAUGCCCUCCAAGUACCGCAAGAACAUCUGGAUCAAAAGAGGUGACUUUCUCAUCGUGGAUCCCAUCGAAGAAGGGGAAAAGGUGAAGGCUGAGAUCUCUUUUGUACUCUGCAAAGAUCACGUCCGUUCUCUGCAGAAGGAAGGACUCUGGCCUGAAGCCUUCUCUGAGGUAGCCAAGAAGCAAGGCAACAGCAGGAACAGACCACCUCAGCCAGAACUCCCAGGAGAAACCCAGUCUUCAGAAGAGGACAGCUCAGAAGAUGAUUCAGACCUCUUUGUCAACACCAAUCGGGUACAGUACCAGGAGAGCGAAGAGGAGAGUGAAGAAGAGGCCUGAGGCACCAGCUUCACUUCUGGCUACCCUGACCCGGCCUCCAUGGACAUAAUUAGGGCUGCUCUGUGGAUCUACCCCCUGGAGGGGGAUGAGGCAGGGCCCCCAUCUGAACUUCUACUCUUCUCUGUAAGAGAUUAAACCCCUGGUGGGUUGAGAGAGCUGUGCGUUGACUUGUACCAGUGUGCCUAGUAAAGCGAUUCCGACUUUGA